UAUCACUCUGACCCUUAUAUUGCCUUACCUUACCUUACCUCACCUCACCAUACCCAACCCAACUUUAUACUAAUUUUAUACUACACACCAUGAGCGACGGAGACUCCAGUUAUCUUGCCAUGCUAAACAACCCGGUUAUAAACCCGCCUGCGAACUCUGAACCCGCGGCAACCCAAGAAACUACUACAGUGAACGCGCCAUUAGCUACAUUCGAGGCUGCCACCAAAGCACAAAAGGAAUUAAAAGAUGCAUCAAAGAAUCUCGAACUUAUUUCAGAAACCGAAGCCGAAUUCCAGAGUGUGAAUGUAGCUUGGGGAAAGAACACAGAGUUACCGACACCCGAACAACUUGCUCAGCUUGGGCUUAUUUCUGACCCGGCAGCACCCUGCAAGACAAAGACACUGGAUCAAUUCUUUUCUACUCGGACAUCAGAAGAAUCUGAUUCUUAUGGACAGGCGGCUAGGUUCAGACAGCUUGAGGCUAAACUGGUGGAAGUAUUUGGUGGAAAGGACAAGGCCAGGGUGUAUCAGAUUGGAGAAUACACAAUAACGGUUCUUAUUCUUGGUGUCAUAAAUGGAGAAAAUGGGAACAAUGCUCUGGUUGGCCUGCGAAGCCUUUUAGUUCAAACAUAAAAGUAAAAGAUAAUAAAAAAAGAUAAUAAAAGCAAUCAAUCAAAAGCAAAUAUUAAAAAAAUAAAAUAAGAAAUAACAACACGAA